CGCACUCAUAGGGUGAACGCGACAUCCCUGCUCCUCUGCUACUGAGUUGAAAUGUUUGUCGAUUUAUCCCGUCAUAAUGCAGCAUUUGUUGUUUGUGGACAUUUAGUGCAUUUACAGUAUUUUUUUUAAAAGGCAAACACAGUUGAUGUGCUAUGAAGCUAACACGGAAACAGGUCCUCGCGAAGGCUAAGGCCUCUGACUUGGAGAGCGUGAAGAAACUAAACUGCUGGGGAUGCAACCUGACUGAUAUUUCCAUCUUCUCCCAAAUAGCAAACAUUGAGGUCCUGACACUUAGUGUCAACAGCAUCUCGUCCCUCUCUCCUCUGGCCGGCUGCCUGUCUCUGUGUGAGCUCUAUUUGAGGAGGAACAACAUCCCCUCACUUUCUGAGCUCUCCCAUUUGCGCCCACUGACCCGCCUCAGGGUGCUAUGGUUGGCUGAAAACCCCUGUUGUGGAGCUGAUUCCAACCAGUACCGCCUCACGGUGCUGCGCUGCCUGCCUCGCCUCCAGAAGCUCGACAACCAAGUGGUGGCAGAGGAUGAGAUUGCGCUCGCACUCGUGGAGGGUGAAGAAGUCACCACCCCUCCGGGAAGUCUCCAAAACCAGCUUUCAACCAAUGGACAUCCAGAGGCAGAGACAGAGAUCGACCCACUCAACUAUAACAUGGAGGAAACCAACAAAAUCAGAGAAGAGCUGGGCAUGAAACUCCUCUCCAGAGACAAGUUCCCCUCCCUGUCUUCUCCAUCCACCCGAGGAAACAAACUAACAUUAAAAAGGACACACACUCUUGAUGCAGUUCUGCUGCUGAUGCAGGAUUUGGAUGAAGAGGAACUUCGCAUUGUGCAGACAGCUACAGAAAACAGACUGCAGACUUACAUGUUGGAUUCAGAAACACUGACAGAUUCACGGCAGACACAGAAAAGUGCGGAGAUCCAACUCUGAAACAUUUCAUAGCAUGCAAUCAUUUGCAAGACUCUUGCCUUCUUUAUUCAACCCAAACCUCAUUGACAAGAAUCCCCCUCCUCAUUUUUUCAAUUUUACCUUACGAUUGCAAUGCAUGGAAUGUUUUUCUGGCCGCUUUCCUUUUUGUUACCGUUUACACACGAGGAAUAGUACUUAAAAGGCGCCCUAUUAUUAUGCUUUUUUUUUUUUUUUUAAAUGGUCUUUGAACACUAAAAUCCUAAACUUCCCUAUGCUGGGAGUUUCUCUCCCACCCCCCUUGCCUGAAACACCUACAUUGGACUCCUUUGUUUACUUCUGUAAGGUUGUGACAUCCCUACGUAACACUUGCUCUUCUAUUUGCUUGCGAUCCAACACUUUGAUAUGCUCAGGGGCGGGGACAUCUCUAAGGGAAUGACCAAUCACAACAGAGCCAGCCAGCUACCAAUCAGAGCAGACUUGGCUCUGGUUUCAGACAGAGGGGGAACAUUAAAGCAUGUAAAAAUGUCACAGGAGAGGCACAAAAUAUGAACCUGAAAAUGAGCAUAAUAAUAGGUCCACUUUAAUUACUUCCUUUUGUUUUUGCACCCAGCAUGCCUACCUGCCUUGAACAAACUAAAGAAUGUACGUUUUGCGAAAUGUAAAUCUAUUUAUAUAAUUAAAGAGAUGAAAUUUAAUAACUCACAACGUGUUUUAAUUACACAGCUGCUGUCUGAAAACAUGCAUACAUUAAAGCACAAGGUGUAAAUGUCACAGUGCUACAAUCGGUGCAUUUUUGACAAGUGAAACUUUACAUCAAAUACAAGAUUUAUUUAAGUGGGCAUUUAUAUCAG